AUGCCGUUCUUUUACGGAGCCUUGCCAUUUACUUCACCAUGGCCCUGUAUUCUCAUCGAAGAUAUUCAUUCUAGUGAAACUGUCGAUGUCGUUGAAGGAUUCAACGAUGAUGAGACCGAAGAUCUUCAACGAGUCCUAGUCACAUCGUGCUCUGUGGAUCGACGGUUACGGAUGACGCCUACACUGCUCCGAUACUAUUUUAAGCAAAUGCAGAUCAAGAUGAGCGAGAAAAAUAUUGAGGUCCCGUUCACAUUUGAGGACCUAGAGGAGGACUACUACCGUACUCUCCCAUAUACCUGUGGUCAAACGGUGUUCGCCAUUGGUUUCUGGCUACGUACGGAUGUUAUUCGAAAACGCAAGUCAGACGACGAAACGCGCGUAUUGGAGAUGGUAGCCAGGCUUCGUAGUGUAGUUGAGGAGGCUAUAGCCGCUCACAACUGGCAUCACACUAACAACAUUUGA